AAGGAAUGAUGGGAAUUAGAUUGCUCCAUAGCUAAAAAAAAAGAGAAGGGGUGGGGGCAAAUUGGAAUAAACAUCUCCGCAGUGAGUUGGUAGUGAAAAGCUGUGGGAUACGGUAUUAGAGGCUGGAGAUUCUAUACAAAAAAAAGGUGGGAGGUUGGGAAGGCGGGGGGAGAUGGAAUUCAGGGUAGCAGUGGGCGAUCUGAUGUCUGAUAGUGAGAUGAUGGAAAGAAGGAAAGAUUUGAGAAGAGGCAAAAGGAACACUUACCGCACUGCUCUGUGAUUGGAAAAUAUAAUCAGUUCCGUGGAGGAGAGAGAGAAAAAAAGUUAUUCCAGGAGUAACAUUUUAUUUUUGCAUCUUUUUUUUCGUGAAAAACAAAAUAAACAAGAAGAGCUUUGUUGGGAUUCAGAAACGAAGCGGCUUGAAAGAGCUUUUGAUUGAUGGCGUGAUGCACACACACACACAAAAUCACCUCCUCAGUUUGUAAAGGGAGAGGGGGAAAAAAAGAUGAUUUUUCUCGUGUUUCCAAAAUAAACUGGACGGAAAAAAAGAAGUGGAGAUCGCAAGAGGAGGACGAAGAUUUUGACUUAUGAUUUGGAUAUUCCUGGGAAAAAUGUCUUGGCGGAAAUUGAUUUGAAAUUGCAGAUGUGCAUUUCUGGUGAGAGCAGAGAGAGAGAAAAAAAAAUUCUGGGAACUACGUCGAACAUCAGGAAUCGGGACCAGGACAACACAAUCUAUUACAAUAAUAAAUUGAACUCAAGAAAACAAACAUCCAAUAAAGUAUGAAUGUUGAACAAGAUGACAUUGCAUCCACAGCAGAUGAUGAUAGGUCCAAAGUUUAACAGGGCCAUACUCGACCCCUUAUUUGUGCUGCUGUUGGCUCUACAACUCCUCGUGGUGGCCGGUUUGGUCAGAGCUCAGACUUGUCCUUCUGUCUGCUCCUGUAGUAACCAGUUCAGCAAAGUGAUCUGCACAAGGCGAAACUUGAGGGAAGUACCAGAUAGCAUCUCCAUCAAUACACGCUACUUGAACCUCCAAGAGAACGGGAUCCAAGUCAUCAAAGCCGACAGCUUCAAGCAUUUAAGGCACUUAGAGAUUCUACAGUUGAGUAAGAAUCAUAUCCGACAAAUUGAGGUUGGAGCCUUCAAUGGCCUAACCAAUCUCAACACCCUGGAGCUGUUUGACAACCGUCUUUCCACCAUUCCAAGUGGAGCUUUUGAGUACCUCUCCAAACUGAAGGAACUGUGGCUGAGGAACAAUCCAAUUGAAAGCAUACCGUCAUAUGCUUUCAAUCGAGUUCCUUCCCUUCGGAGGUUAGACUUAGGUGAACUAAAGAGACUUGAAUACAUUUCAGAUAGAGCUUUUGAAGGUCUGUCAAACUUAAGAUAUUUGAAUCUCGGUAUGUGUAAUCUUCGGGAAAUCCCAAACCUCACACCUCUGACCAAAUUGGAGGAACUGGAACUAUCAGGGAAUCGGCUUUCGCUAAUCCGACCGGGCUCCUUUCAGGGUUUGACAAACCUGCAGAAACUAUGGAUGAUGCAUGCUCAGAUCCAGGUGAUUGAGAGGAAUGCCUUCGAUGACCUUCAGUCACUAAUAGAGCUUAACCUGGCGCACAACAACCUGACUCUGCUGCCUCAUGACCUCUUCACCCCACUUCACCACCUGGAACGUGUCCACUUGCAUCACAACCCAUGGAACUGCAAUUGUGACAUUUUGUGGCUGAGCUGGUGGCUGAAGGAGAUUGUGCCAUCCAACACAACAUGCUGCGCCCGUUGCCAUGCACCCCCAAGUUUAAAAGGGAAUUAUAUCGGGGAACUGGACCAGAACAAAUUCAACUGUUAUGCUCCAGUUAUAGUUGAGGCUCCCACUGACCUCAAUCUGACAGAGGGAAUGGCUGCGGAAUUAAAAUGUCGAGCAUCAACCUCCAUGACCUCAGUGAGCUGGAUUACUCCAAAUGGCACAAUAAUGACUCACGGAGCUUACAAAGUUCGGAUUUCUGUGCUCAAUGAUGGCACGUUAAAUUUUACAAAUGUUACUGCCCAGGAUACAGGGUUGUACACAUGUUUGGUGAGUAAUUCUGCAGGGAACACGACAGCUUCAGCUACACUAAAUGUGACUGCUACAGAAAACAGCACCUUCACUUAUUUUACAACUGUCACCGUGGAAACUAUGGAACCAUCUGUACAGGUACACACGACAGAUGACAAAUUUAGACCCACACCUUUCAGUGACUGGGAUACUACGUUUGUGACAACCUCCUUGACUCCUCGCAGUGCAAAGUCAACGGAAAAAACAGUCACUAUUGCUAUUACUGAUGCAGGAGGGAAUCUCAUGCCCGGCCUGGAUGAGGUGAUGAAAACUACAAAGAUUAUUAUUGGUUGCUUUGUAGCCAUCACACUGAUGGCGGCAGUGAUGUUAAUCAUUUUUUACAAAAUGCGUAAACAGCAUCACCACCAGAAUCACCAUGCUCCCACCAGGACCAUCGAGAUCAUCAAUGUAGGUGAUGACAUCGCAGGAAGUACUGCUGUGGAGAGUCACCUGACCAUACCCGCUAUAGAGCACGAGCAUAUGAACCACUAUAACUCUUAUAAAACUCCGUUCAACCACAGCACCACAGUAAACACAAUAAACUCACUACACAGCUCUGUGCAUGAUCCAUUACUGAUGCGAGUGAACUCUAAGGACAAUGUACAAGAGACACAAAUAUGAGUUGGGGGGACACACAAAUUUGCAAAUGACAACAGGACAAGGCUGAUUCUACUGUUUAAAAGAAGUGUCUUUAAAGAGGUUUAUUUAUUAAAAAAUAAUUCUAUUGUGAUCUAAAAUAGAGACAAUUAUGUGUAUUCUAAACACUGAUUUGACAUACAAUGCUGCGCCCAUUAAUUUAGUCA